AUGAAGAAAAAGCCAGAACAGUAUACGAGACAAGGUAAAACUAACAAUAAUAUUAAAAGUUUCUUAAGUAAUCUUAAAGAAAAUGAUUUGCAUUUUGAGGAUAAUCAAAUAACUCAGUGUGUAUUUUUGGGGGUUUUGAGGCUGAAACCAGUGCCUUCUGUAUUUAAUAGUAAUAAUUUGCCUUCCACAGCAGUAGAAAGUAAGAAUAAAAAACAUAAAAAUAACAAUAGUACAAAGGAAGUUAACAAAAACAUAUCAGCUAAAAGAGAUAUAAACAAAGUAAUUAGUGGCAAGAUCAGGAAGAAAAAUCCUGAUACUAUUAAAGCUUCUGUUAAAAAACUUGCCACUAAAAAACCUGUAAUUAAAAUCAAAUUUAACAUGAAUAAAAAUAAAAAAGAAUCUUCAAAAGAUACUGUUACUAUAUUACAAGAUUCUCUUACAAAAGUGACCCCUCAAACUAUGUUACAAAAUAAAACUAUAACCUUAAAUCCUAUUCAGACAACACCGAGUUUUAAUCCUGUUCAGAACCUUUUUGAUAAGCUCAAACAGCAAAUGGAUGAAAAAUACAACCGGCCUGGUACUUCAGAUGUAUCUAAAGAAACUUUAUUUUCCUCCGAAAUGAAAGGUUCUAAAAAAUCUAAAAAACCCACAAAGAAAAAAGAUAUUUUUGAAAGACUGGUUAUGCCUUUGUUGCCUUCUAAUACUAGUUUUAAUGAUAAUGGUUACUACUCAUCUACAAGUACUGCAAGUAAUAAAACAAGUGAUGAGGUAAUUGUUAUUAAUGAAGAAAACAGCGAUAGUGAUGAUGACGAUGAUGAAUAUGAAGAAGUCCUGGUAAAUACAGGACCUAUGCCUAAUUUUGUGCUACGUACUACUUCUACAGAAAAAUUUGAGAACGAUGAUGUUAUAGUUAUAAAUGAUAGAUCUUCACCAACUAUAGAUCAUUUAACCAUAGAUGAUACUAGGAGUACUAGAACUUCACCUAGACUCAACAAAAGUGAUCCAAAUUUGCAAAAAAAUAAUAAUCAAGAGCGAACUUCUCAUUCUAACACUAUAACUAUAAAUGACAGUAACAACUCUGCAGAAACAGUGGUUUCUUCUUCUAAGCAAUCCUCAGACAAGCCAAGAAAACGUCGAACUUUGUUGCCUACCAUACCUUUAAAUUUUUUCAAUACUUCUAUGUUGCUUAGAUCAGAAUUAGCUCAAAAGAAAGGCGGUGGGACUGCUGAAGGCAGGUCCGGCUCAAGAGCGUCAACUUCCAAAGUUCAAAAAUCAGAAAGUAAACAAGAAAAAUCUUUAUUGAAGCAUAAAAAAGACAAAUCUGACUCCAAAGCGAGAAACAACACUGAAAAUUUGAUUUAUGAAGUUGUUAAAUCAUCUACAGCUCUACCAGAUCAGUCAAUCAUAGAAAAAAAUGCUAGUGAACAAAAAAAUGAUGAUGUUCUGAUUGAUAAUUCACCUCCCAAAGUGGAGCCUUUGAUAAUUAAAUUAAAAGUAUCACAGAAUAAAAAUUCAAGCGAAAAAUCUACUCAAGAAAAUGGCCAACAUGUAAUAAAAAACAUAUCCCAAAAAUCCGAAGUUGCCAAAAUUACUAAAAACCUGUUCUUCCCGAGACUUUUAAGAUCUGAUAUCACCCAACAAAAACCAAACAAGAAAAAAGAAGAUAUAACGGCAAAAAAAGCGAUAAAUUCCGCAGAAAUAGUCCCACAACCUUCGGCGACAAUUUCCUCAAGAAAAUCACCGAUAAAAUUGAAUAUCUCGAAAGAGAUAGUAGCGGUAGAACUGCCCAACAAAGUCGUGGAAAAUGUAGUGGAGAAAAAAACAGUUGAGCUUAAAUCUCCACUCAAAGAAAAAUCACCAGAAAAAUUGUCAAACAAUAACAAAAAGACUGAAAAAUCACCUGAAUCACAACAAAGACAACUUAGGUCUGACGUUAUUCAGGAUAAAAAUACCACUGAAGAAGGUCGAGGAAAGGACGAAACUAUUCCGAUUAGUAAAAUAGAAGAUACUUCCAAAGUUCCUAUUGAAAAAUCUGAUGAAGAAAAACCCGUAAUUCGAAAAUCAAGGACUCCGAAAAAAACAGUUGAUUCAGAAGUCAUUCCUAUCGAAAAACCAGUAGCAAAUCAAGAAAAACCUCCAGAUCAAGAAAAACCAUCCCUUAAUCAAGAAAAAUCAUCUUCUAAUCAAGAAAAACCAUCCCCAAAUCAAGAAAAAUUAUCCCCUAAUCAAGAAAAACCACCCCUUGAUCAAGAAAAACCAUCUCCAAAUCAAGAAAAACCCGUUAUUCGAAAAUUAAGGACUCAGAAAAUAGCAGCUGAUUCAGAAGUCAAUCUUAUCGGAAAAACAGUACCAAAUCAAGAAAAACCAUCUUCAAAUAAAGAAAAACCAUCCCCUAAUCAAGAAAAACCAUCUCCAAAUCAAGAAAAACCCGUUAUUCGAAAAUCAAGGACUCAGAAAAUAGCAAUUGAUUCAGAAGUCAUUCUUAUCGAAAAAACAGUACCAAAUCAAGAAAAACCUUCUUCAAAUAAAGAAAAACCAUCCCCUAAUCAAGAAAAGUCCGUUAUUCGAAAUCCGAGGGCUCAGAAAAAAACAACCGAUUCAGAUGACAUUCUUAUCGAAAAACCAGUACCCAAUCACGAAAAAACAUCCCCUAAUCUAGAAAAAUCAUCUCCAAAUCAAGAAAAACUCGUUAUUCGAAAACCAAGGACUCAGAAAAAAGCGGCUGAUUCAGAAGUAAUAAUUAUCGAAAAAACAGUACCAAAUCAAGAAAAACCAUCCCCUAAUCAAGAAAAACAACCUCCAAAUAAAGAAAAACCAGUUAUUCGAAAAUCAAGGACUCAAAAAAAUGCAGCUGAUUCAGAAGUAAUUAUUGUCGAAAAACCAGUACCAAAUCAAGAAAAACCAUUUCCAAAUCAUGAAAAACCAUCCCCAAAUCAAGAAAAUCCAUCUCAAAAUCAAGGAAAACCCGUUAUUAGAAAACCAAGGCCCCAGAAAAAAGUAGUUGAUUCGGAAGUCGCUCUUAUCGAAAAACCAGUACCAAAUCAAGAAAAACCAUCUCCAAAUGAAGAAAAACCUCUUACAAAUCAAGAAAAACCCAUUAUUCGAAAACCGAGAACUCCGAAAAAAACAGCCGACUCAGAAGUAAUUCUUAUUGAAAAAACACUACCAAAUCAAGAAAGACUGGUAAAAGAAAAUUUGGUUGUCGAUGAAGCGGCGCUUAGACUGUUGAGAUCAAAUCCCACUAUGAAAAAUUCCAACGAGGAAGCCAUAAUUGUCGCUCAGAUUCCAGUUACGUCAAAAUCAACUGAUUUUGCUCAGAAAGAAAGUACAGUCGAAGCUCAGAAAUCUAUAAUGGACAUAGAGGUUAUAAAUGUUGCUCAAUUUUAUACACCUAAAGAUAAACUUGUUAAACAGACCAAAACUGACGUCCUUCAGAAAAAAUCUACUUUAGAUAAAGCCAAAGACGAUUCUAAUAAUAAUCGAUCCAAAAAAGAUAUAUCUAACAAGAAAAAUAUUGUUGCUCGACGGCCAUUGAGAUCCGAUCAGUCUCAGAAAGAACCGGUUGAUUCAGAAAUCGGUAAAAUUGAUAAGACGGUUGAAAAAUCACGGAAAGAAGUGCCGAAAGUUAAAUCCGUUGAAGAAUUGGUUAAAGAAUCGAAAUGCGAUGAUAUUCUUACUAAGUCAAAUUAUAUGGAUGUUAAAAGUAGCCAAAUUUUAGAGGAUCCUACGAAGAUUUUACCUAAACCGAAAAACACAGAAGUUGUACGAAAAUUACGUUCUGAAUUGUCUCAGAAAGAAGUUACAAAUAAAGAUGAUAAAAUACUGAAACCUUCUGACCCAGACGUACAAAUUGUCAACAUGGAAACAGCUCAGGAAACAUCCAAAACCGAUCUAAUACUAUCUAAAAACAAGAAAGUUUCCUCUAGACUUGUUGGAAAUUUGGGGAUAGAUCUUGUUGACUACGCAAAUUUGUCUGUAGAUACAGCUACUCCUAGAAGACUGCGGUCCGAAUUUGCUCAAAAAAAUGACGAUGCUGAAGAGGUUGUUAAUGCUGGAGAAAAACUCGUUGAACCGCCUAAAAGUAAAGGUGAAACUGAGGAACAAACGACUGAGGCAGUUGAAAAACAUAUUAUUGAUGUUAUUGAAGUACCAAAAAGAAAUCGAACAAUCUCAAAAUCAAAAAACAUCGUCGUGACGGAGACAACUGUGGAAAAAAUUAAAAGAAAUCAAAGUCUUUCUAAAACGACGAAAGAUAAACUUUUAGAUAUUAAAGGUGAAGCUGAGGAACAAAGAACUGAGGUAAUUCAAAACAGUUCAUCGGCAGUUGAAAAAGAUAUCGAUGUUAUUGAAUUACCAAAAAGAAAUAGAACAGUCUCCAAAGCAAAAACUAAUAACACUGUGACAGAGACAACUGCUGAAAAAAUUAAAAGAAAUCGAAGUCUUUCUAAGACAGGGACAGAUAAACCUAUAGAAGUUGCAAAUGUUAUAAUUGAUGCGGGAGAUGAGGCAAGUAAAAUUAAAUUCUCGAAUAAAGACGAAGCAAAUCCGAUAAAAGAUAUAAAAAUGGACAAAAACGUGUCCAAAGAAAUUCACGCGCCUAAAAUAAAUAGCAGCGAAAAACCUAAGAGGAAAUAUACUAAAAAAGUUAAAAAUAUAUUUUCUAACAAUGGUGUAACAAACACAAAACUUUUAGAAGAACCUAAAAGAAAAUAUACAAAAAAAGUUAAAAAUAUAUUUUCCAAGAAUGGUGUAACAAAUACAGAACUUUUAGAAAAACCUAAGAGAAAAUAUACAAAAAAAGUUAAAAAUAUAUUUUCUAACUAUGGUGUAACAAAUGCAGAACUUUUAGAAAAACCUAAGCGAAAAUAUACUAAAAAAGUUAAAAAUAUAUUUUCCAAUGCAGCUGUAACAAAUACAGAACUUAUAGAAAAACCUAAGAGAAAAUAUACUAAAAAAGUUAAAAAUGUGUUUUCCAAUGCAGCUGUAAUAAAUACAGAACUUAUAGAAAAACCUAAGAGAAAAUAUACGAAGAAAGUUAAAAAUAUAUUUUUCAAUAAAGAUGUUCAAAUUGCAGUUUCAUCGUCAGUGCCUUUAAAAAAAUCGAUAAGCGAUUUAAAUAUCGAAAAACUCGAAAAAAAUAGGAGCGUUUCUAAAACUAAAACCAAAUAUACUGUUAAAACUCUUAGCGACAUUAAAACUAAAGAAAAAGUGACCAAAAAGAAAGAAAAAGCGACGUUUAAAAUUAAGAAAGCCAAAAAAUUAUUUAAACCACCAAAAAAAAUACCUCUCAAAGCGAAAAUAAACAAAAGUUCGCAGAAAAAUUCCGAAAAUAAAAAAAAUGUAUUUCAAAUUAAAAUUGAACACGAAGAAAAUGAAAUCAAAGUGAAAGUCGAGAAGAGUGACGAUCAAGUAGUCCAAAAAACUGUAAAAACGAAAGUAACUAAAUCCAAAUCUGCCGAUGAAAAUGCUCAACAAGCAGCUACCAAAAAUACGGCUCCAAAUAUAAUAGUGAAGAAAACUGACACGAAACUAAAUAAAAUUAGAUUAUUGGGAAAAGUUAGUAAUAUAUCAGCCAAAGUGAAACCUGAAGUGAGCCCACCGAAAAAACGUGGUAGAAAAAAGAAAAACCAAGAAAAUACUGUUGAAAUGAAUGUAGUUAAAGAAACUCCAAAACAGGACAAAAUCAAACCAAUUCAGAAAAAACAAGAUCUAGAUGAAAUAACGGUGGUGCCGGAAAAAAGGACAAAAAAACAAAAAGACAGUCCUGUUAGAACGCUCAGAUCUAGUUUUGCGCCUAUUGUAAUCAAACAAGAACCGCCAGAAGAAAAACCUGUAGCCAUAAUCGAAAAAGUUGUGGCUCUCAUUCACAGCGAACCCAAACCAAAAAUCUUAGAAGAACCGAUAGAAACGAAGCCAAUAGUUAAAGAAAAGAAAGAAAUAAUUAAGCCCAGAAUACUCAGAUCUCAAAAUUUUAAUGAAAUCGAAACCAUAAAUGAAAUCAAAGAGGCAGUUCCACCUAAAGAAGUGAAUAAGAAAAGAAACAACAAGAACGACACGAAGAAAAAGGGAGUGUUACCAAAGAGCAAAACCAUUAAGAAAAAUAAGAAAGAUGCUGUGGCCAAAAACCUUAGAUCGGAUGUCAAAGCCAAGAAAGAGAAACCCAAGACUUCUAAGAAGGAACUAGCCGAAGCAAAGAAAGAUAUAAAGACAAAGGGACGAACCAAAAUAGACCAACUUACAAAAAAUUCGAAAAAGAAAAUAUUUGAACAAGUUAAAUCUAAAUUGAAAACCGCCAAGGUUGCAAACCCUCUAAAGAAACCCGAGACUAAGAAAAAGCCCGCUGCCAAAGAAAAAACGAUGCUGAACUGGCACAACGAUGACAUCAUCGAAAGAAUCAUCCAAGAAUUAAAGAAUUCCAUAUUCAGUAAAGACGGCAUCGAAAAUAAAAUUGCUAAAGACGAUCGAAGUACCACAAAGAAAGUUAAGAAAAUCGCAAAGAAACCCAACUUGGAAUCGUCGAUAAAGAAUAAAAGAAAAUUACUGUUGGCCAAAAAGAAGCUGCUACAGAAGAAGGCAGCGCUGCAGCGAAAGUUAAGAAGCGCUAGGAUUACCGAAAGCGAAGCAAACACUUCUGGCAGUUCCGAUAGCAAAGAGAACAAUCCUCCGAAAUCAACCGCUUCAUCAGAAAUUCCUUCGUCAAUUGAUGUUGCACCCCAAACGAAGACUGAAGAUAUUAAAAAAGAAGAAACCACUGUUCAUCUGGUAGACUCGUACUUGGUGGAAAUCAAAGAUAGCGAAGCAGAGAAAAAACCGAAAUCCAUCAACAUCAUUAACGAUGUUACCGUACAUACUAACGGUAAUAUAGUCGAAAAACUUGUCAAAAGGAAAUUAGAAGAUACUCCCGAAUCGAUCAUCUCCAAAAGACGCCAUUACAAAUCGAUAAUCGCCAAAGGCGAUACACCAACAAGUAGUACAAAUCUCUCACAACAAAACAUAACUGAUCUCACUAGUAAUUUAAGCAAAAAGCACGACAUAACUGUAUUCGAUUUCGACGAAUCGGAACCAGAGUUUCCACCGUUGAGGCACAAAACCACUCCCAAAAGCAAAACCGAUGAACCCACUAGAGUUUUAAAAUCCUCAGAAACUCAAACCACUCCUAUAAAACGACCAGAAAGGGCAGCCAGUCCUACGCAAAGUACUAAUAUUAGUUCUGUGAUCUUAAAAGAUUUGGACAAAACAAAAUCCGAAGCAUCAGCUCAAACCGAAGAUGAUAUCGUCAUUGAAGAUGACGAAACUAUGAUAAAGAAUGAACGGAAAGUAAUAUGUCAACCAUCGACUUCGUUUCAAGUCGAUAAAGAUCAAAUAUUAGUUACUGAUAAGAUUAUUAAUACCGAUAAUGCGUUACUAAAACCAAAUCAGUACAAAAAUAAGUUUGAGAUAGUACCUGCAUUCGAUGGAGAAGGUAAACCCAGAAAGCUUUGGUCUAUUAUUCAAUCUCCGAAACCUGACCCUUCAUUGCCGAUGCAAUGCGUGAAUAUGUCCGAUUUUAAACUAGGCUUGGCGGAACUCUCUUCUACCAGUAAAGACGCUGAAGAAAGCCCUGAACAUUUAGAAAAGAAAUCUCCUUUGAAGCAAGCCACUAUCAUAGAGAUGUUCAGUAAAGUUUGGAAGAAACGGGAUACCGUGAAACAGGAUAUCUUCUCGAAACCUAUGGCUCCUCCGAAGGUUCCCAAAGUGGAACCUACUAAGACGGAACCCGCACCAAGCCCUAGAAGAGACCGUCCCGUCGAUGAUUAUGAUGAUGAUGAUGACAGCGAUACGGAGAGCAGACUCGAAUGGAUCCCGGAGGAAUACGCCGAGUACAAAUUGAAGUAUUCGGUGCAGAAGAUGAGGCAGUUCAAGCCGCGGUUCAAAUGCAAGAUUUGCCAAAUCAAGAUGCCGACGUACUACAAGUUGUUGAAGCACAGGAAAGAGCACGACAAUCAGGAUAGGCCGCACGUGUGUCCUCAAUGCGGAUCGGAGUUUCGAGAGGUGCAAGAUUUUUCGGCGCAUCUUCGAGUUCAUAAAGGUAAACACCCUUAUAUGUGUAACAAAUGCGACUUGGGCUUCUGGACAAAGAAGGCGUAUGAAGCACACGCCCUCGUGCACGUGCUUAGAAAAGUUAAGCAACCUGAAAAGAAGUUCCGCUGUGACGUCUGUGCAAAACAAUUCAGCAAGCUCUGUGACGUAGAACGUCACAUUCGUGUUCACACCGGAGAAAAAACCUGCAUAUGCAACAUCUGCAACAAAGGCUUCGUCCAGGCUCACAAUCUAAGCAAACAUUUAUUGACCCAUUUACACAUAAAGCCUUUCAUUUGUGAGAUAUGCAACAAGCAAUUUGGAAGAAAUGACGUUUUAAGGCGACAUCUGUUGAUCCACUCCGUUCAGAAACCUAUUAAUUGCUCGGUUUGCAAUAAGGGAUUUAUUAGGCAAUCGCAGCUGCUGCAACACAUGAGGAAAAAGCAUCCUGGUCACUCGGUCGAAGGGUUGACUGAAAUGAGCGACGAUGAAGACAGUAUCAAGAAUGAAGAUAGCAUGAGUGAUGAUGGCAAAACUUCAAAGGUAAAGUCGUAA